UUGUGUCGUUAAAAAUAAACUGUCAAAAAUUUUCGUAGAGGUUAACAAUAUUGUUAAUUUAUUUUUAUAAAACAAUAGUUCAUUUUAAAUUGAUCAAAAUGCAGAAAAAAAUGAGACCAUCAUUAAUAUUGGAUCGAUUACAUAAGGGUUUUGUAUGCGCUUGUUUAGGCUUAACAGUGUAUGGAGGAUAUUUAUUAAGUUUGCGAGCGUAUCGAUAUUUCGCAUAUAUUAAACCAAUGCGUGAACAACAGAAAUUAAAAUCGCAAGAAGAAUUAUUAGCAGAAGGAUCGUCUGAUAAAAUUGUGGAUUCAGCACCGGAAAUUAAAUUAUAACUACUAGUUUAUAUCACCUCAGCUACAGGCGCACUUGAAGUUGUUAGUUAACAAAUUAUUUAUUAAUUAUAAUGUAUUUGUAGAAUAUUUCUUAUAU